AUCUCUAUUUAUUAUUCUUUGGGAUGUCAUAAUCAGCAGUUUGGUCGCACUGUUUCAUAAUUCUUACAGUUGGGGACUCUGAUAAACCCUCUUUUACUUCUCUAGUUGUAUUGAAGAGUGAAAACCCUACUUCUUCAGUUACGAAAAGCAGAAAUGGUGAGGUUAACAGCAGACUUGAUAUGGAAGAGUUCUCAUUUCUUUAAUGCCGUCAAAGAACGGGAACUGGAUCUUCGAGGGAACAAGAUUGCAGUUAUAGAGAACUUGGGUGCGACUGAGGAUCAAUUUGACACAAUUGAUUUGUCAGACAAUGAGAUUGUAAAACUCGAGAACUUCCCUUAUUUGAACAGGUUGGGAACUUUGUUACUGAACAGCAAUAGGAUAACACGUAUAAAUCCAAACAUAGGAGAAUUUCUACCAAAACUUCAUACACUUGUUCUUACAAAUAAUCGGCUGGUCAAUUUGGCUGAGAUUGAUCCACUUGCAUCCCUUCCAAAGUUGAAAUUUCUUAGCUUGCUGGACAAUAAUAUUACCAAGAAACCAAAUUACCGCUUGUAUGUGAUCCACAAAUUGAAAUUCUUGCGUGUGCUAGACUUCAAGAAAGUCAAGCAAAAGGAACGAGAAGAGGCAAAAAAUCUCUUUUCAUCCAAGGAAGCUGAAGACGAGGUGAAAAAGGUCCCUGUGAAGACAGUCACAUCUACCGAGGUUAAGGAGGUUCCGACAGAAGAGCAUGCCCCCAAAGCUGUUGCUCCUACGCCAGAGCAAAUCAUAGCUAUCAAGGCUGCUAUUGUCAAUUCCCAAACACUUGAAGAAGUUGCUAGGCUUGAGAAGGCACUGAAGUCUGGGCAACUCCCUGCUGAUUUGAAGAUUCCUGACUAUGAAGAAAUUAAUACAAGCGCAGAUACCAAAGAUGACAAGAUGGUGACAGAUGGCGAAAAUGAGAUGAAUAUGCUAUCAGAUGAUGUUGGUUCGGUCAACAAGACUGAUGGAGAUACAGCAAUGGAGCAAGAUUAAAUGGUUGGCGUGAUUAGGUGUGUGGACUCUGGAUAAUGUACUUACAAUGUGCGUGCACUAAGCCUUUUCUUUUUACAUUUUUGGUGCAGAGCUCUGGAAGGUUUUGCUUUUCAACUUCACAGCUCAUACCUUUAACCCACAAGACUCAACAUGCAAAUCCACCUUUCAUGCGUCUUUGAUUUGAAUUUGGAGGAUAUGUGAGCUGCUUAGAUUCAUCAAUCAUCAACAUUGUAAUGUGUAUUUACUGACAUGUGGUCUUAGUUAUGAAGAACGAGUUUUUUUUUUUGGCAACAGACUAGUAAAAGAAAUAUGGAAAGUAGAUUCUGGUAGUAUUAUGUCAUCCCUGUACAUUUAAGAUAUGAAACUCUACCCAAAUGCAUUUCUCUA